CGAGAGCCACACAUAACGUGUACUGUAUAAGACUAGAUUCACAUAAUAUUUAUAAGCUAUCAAUAAUUUUAUUGUUUUUUAUUAGAUAUAGAGAUAUAUGAUAAAAAUAAUAUAUAAUAAUGAAGGCUGUAGACACGAUACUUUUUGAUGUUUCGAAGAAUGAAAUGUUCAAGAUAAAUGAGAAUAUGAAGUUGCUGCACAGAAAGUUGAAGACAGCUUGGAAGAUAAUGAUUAAUCGCGACGAGUUGUCAGCUAGCGUAUUGCAGGAUGUUAGAGUCCUUGUGAUACCCGGGCCACAGAAUGUGUUCAAUGAUGACGAGCUCGCUCUUUUGAAGAGUGUUGUUGAGAGAGGCGACUCCGUGCUCGUGAUGAUGACGGAUGGUGGAGAGGAAAGGAUGAACACCAAUAUAAACUUCUUCUUAGAAGAAUAUGGAAUUGUUGUUAACAAUGAUUGUGUUGUACGUGCUAAAUACCAUAAAUUUUAUCAUCCAAAAGAAUGCCACAUAUCUAAUGGCAUUCUAAACCGUGCUGUUGUGAAGUAUCUUAUGAAAAUGCCAAAUUACAUCAGUGAAUCAGACGAUUUCCUCGAGGACCCGCCAUCACCGAACUUCGUGUAUCCCUACGGCGCCACGUUGACUGUCAAAAAACCAGCUGUUGGUAUCCUCUCCAGCAGUGACGUCUGCUAUCCGGUUAAAAGACCGCUAGCCGCUAUGUAUACUUCAGAAAAAAGUGGUGGGAAGCUUUUCGUCAUUGGAUCGGGACAUUUCUUUACUGAUCAUUAUUUAGAGAGCGAGUGCAAUGACCUCAUUCGUGAAUUAAUUUUCAAUCACCUCGGAGGUAUGACGGAGUUGGUCUUAAACCCUGUGGAUAUAGAAGACCCUGAUGUGAGUGAGUAUCGCACGUUGUGUGAUACUCUCUACCUGUCUCUCCUCUCGCUCCCCGAGCCUGCGUCUUGUCCACCUCCGCGUUUCACCCUUCAUCCACACGCCCUCGUCGCUUGGAGGCUGUUCUCACUGAAUCUGUCGCAUUUGCCGGAAGUCUUAGAGCUGUAUGGAGAGCUCAGAAUUAAACAUGAACCUUUAAGACUGAUAGCGCCACAAUUCGAGACGCCGUUCCCACCGCUACAGCUUGCGGUAUUCUCCCCAACAUUCCGUGAGCUCCCUCCGCCGCCCCUGGAACUGUUUGAUCUGGACGAAGCGUUCAGCUCGGAGAGGACGCAACUCGCCAGGAUACUCAACAAGUGUAUACAACCACAGACAGACAGGAUGGCUCAAGGUGACAAUCGCCAAACGGAGUCGGAACUAGAGUACCUGGUCCGUGAGUGCGGACGAGCGGUCAGAUUGACCCGGGCCCUGGAGGACGGGCCGGCUGUUAGUGUCCUCCACCAGCUGGCGGUACAGGUGGCCACAUUCAAGAAGAUCGCACCCAGAGACUAGAACACACAGACAUACAUAUUUUAUAUAUAACGUAAAAAAUAAGAGACGAAGAUCAAAACAGAAGGCUUUGGAGGGAAGUCGUAAUGUGAAUAAAAUAUAUUUGAGUUAAA